UGGCUAUUGAUUUUCAUAUUAAAAUUUGCAAAUAGCUGAAAUGGGUAAGAAGGGAAGAAAUAAAGAGAGAGGCAAUAAGAAAGAGAAAGAAAAGGAGAAAAGAAGAGAAAGACAUAAGGAAAGAAUGGAGAAAAAGAAGUAUAAAAAGAAGAAAGAUAAGCAAGACCAACAAAGAUACUUAGAUGACAUGCAAAAGUUCAAAGAUGAGCUUAUUCAAUAUGGUCUCCGUAUCCUCGAAGUUGGAGGUGAUGGAAAUUGACUCUUUCGGUCGAUCUCUGAUCAAUUAGAAGGAACCCAAUCAAGCCAUAGACAGUAUCGUCAAGAUGCUGUUGAUUAUAUGGUCAUGAACAAGGAUGAUUUUGCUCCUUUCAUAGAAGAUGAUCAAACCUUUGAUGAUUAUAUCGAUACUAUCAGUGAAGAUGGCGAAUGGGGAGGGAAUCUUGAGCUUCAAGCCUUAUCAAUGAAAUACCAAUUCAAUGCAAUUGUUCAUCAACUAGAUGCCCCUGUAUUCGCUCUAGCUAAUUUUGAUCCGAAAGCUGUUAGAACAAUUCACUUGACUUAUCAUCUAGGUGAACACUACAAUUCAGUGAGGCUAAUCGAUGACUAUUCAACAAAUGAAGUUCCUAUGGAUAUCCCUCUGAAUCUUCAAAAAGAUCCAGAAAGACUUGCCCAGCACAGAGAGGAAGAAGAAGCAAAGCUCAAAGAAAAUGGUCGAAAAUUCAAACGUAAAUACGAGGAGACUAAAAUUGAGAAAGAAGAGAAGAGCCAGAAAAAUGGUAAAAACAAAAAUCGAAAGCAAAAUAAAAGUUCAUCCCAAGAAGAGCAUAAGGGUGAUGAUAAGAUGGGAGCGACUCAUCCAUGAAUGAUUCAGUACGCUAAUACAAUCACAGGACUUCCUGAGUUCCACCUCAUGAAAGAUGCCCUCACAGAAAUCUUUGGGGAAGAUGGACAAAUUGAGUUUGAGAAUAUAGAUGACAUGAAGCAGCUCAUCAUCCAAACAUAUGCUGACAAGGAGCUAGAAUUCAUAAAUUCUGGCCUCGGCUUUAACUCAGAUGGUGAAGAUGACAAAGACACUGAAGCUACUAAAGAAACUAAUGAAGAAGCUAAAGAAGAGAGCAAGAGUGAAUCUGGUUUCACAGCUGAAGAAAUUACUAAACAUUUAAAAAAAGGUGAAAUUUAUACAGAGGAAGGUGAAUGGAGGAGACCACCUAAUAAAAACAAAAAGUGAUACUGUAAAUCAGGUAGAAAGUAUAAGAUGUGUUGCAUGGCUUCGGAUAAUUCCAGAAUUGACCAUAUCGUCAACGGAAAGGACAGAAAGAAGCAGUAUAUGAAGAUUGAAGAUGCUGAAGCUAAAGAUUUCUUGGCCUCUCUAGUUACAAUUUAG